UACCUAGAGCUACCAUGAGCAAGCGGAACCAGGUAUCGUACGUACGGCCAGCCGAGCCAGCGUUUCUGGCCCGCUUCAAGGAACGGGUCGGCUACAGGGAGGGACCCACCACAGAGACUAAGAGAAUUCAGCCUCAGCCCCCAGAUGAAGAUGGGGAUCACAGUGACAAAGAAGAUGAACAGCCUCAAGUGGUGGUUUUGAAAAAGGGAGACCUGUCAGUUGAAGAAGUCAUGAAAAUUAAAGCAGAAAUAAAGGCUGCCAAAGCAGAUAAAGGCAAAAUAAUGAGGAGAAGGAAGUUCUUAAAAAUUCUGGUUUUGCUCAGAUGAAGAACCAGCUCCAGCUGAUGGAAGAAUCAUAUACCGAAAACCAGUCAGGCGUCCCUCAGAUGAAAAAUAUUCAGGUUUAACAGCAAGCUCAAAAAAGAAGAAACCAAAUGAAGAUGAAAUAAAUCAGGACUCGGUCAAAAAGAGCUCACAAAAACAAAUUAAAAAUAGUAGCCUCCUUUCUUUUGACAACGAAGAUGAAAAUGAGUAAGUGUAAAUAUUUUGAAUUUAGUCUACUUUGAAAGUAUAUGGAGUGUUUUUUAAAAUAACAUUUUUCCCUAUUAUAAAGAUACUACAAGUUCCUUAUAGAAAGUUUAGGAAAUAGAGAAAAAAAUUUAAUAAACUACAUCUAUUCAUCAA